GCAAUCAAAGCCAACCAACGCACAGGAAAAAAGGAAAUCGAGAAAAGAUCUGAGAAAGAAUUUGUCCGCUCGAGGCAAUGGCCUCUGCAUCAGCUUUUGGCGCCAUGGCGAUCGUCCUCCUGGUGGUCCUGUCCACCUCACCGGCAGUGUACUCCCUCCGACCAAGCCUUGGCGUCUGCCACGCCAGCGGCUACCUCCCAGGCCGCUCCGGCAACUGCGUCAAGAGCAACGACCCGGACUGCUGCGUCGACGGCAAGAGGUACCCGCAGUACCGCUGCUCGCCGCCGGUCACCUCGAGCACGCCGGCCACGCUGACGCUCAACAGCUUCGAGAAGGGCAAGGACGGCGGCGGCCCGUCGGAGUGCGACAACUCGUACCACAGCGACGACGAGAUGGUCGUCGCGCUCUCCACCGGCUGGUUCAGCAACAUGGCGCGCUGCGGCCACCGCAUCAAGAUCACCGCCAACGGCAACUCCGUGUACGCCAAGGUGGUCGACGAGUGCGACUCCGUGCACGGCUGCGACGACGAUCACAACUUCGAGGCGCCCUGCGCCAACAACAUCGUCGACGCCUCGCCCGCGGUGUGGAACGCCCUGGGGCUCGACCAGAGCACCGGCGAGCAGGACAUCACCUGGUCCGACGGGGACGAGUGAUCGCCUACAACAUUCGGUCUGGCUCGUUUGUGUUCGGUUUGUACAUUUGUGGUUCACUGGCUGUCUCCGUAGAUAUAUAGCAUGUAUAAAUAUGGACUACUUAUUGUUGUAUAUAAGUUUAUUAUGAUAUGUCAUUGGCUCAUUGCCCUGUAAAUAUCAAAAUCAAGUAUCAA